UUAUACGAACAAUGUGCACAUUUGAGUUCUGAUCUUUGUACAUGUUUAAUCAGUAUUGAUAAUUAUAGAAAUUUUUAACAUGUGUGAUCUUACGUAGGUACUUUUAAUGGCUGAAUUUGUCUGCUGCUUUGUAAUCAAAUUUAGCACGCUUCAUUCAUUUCUAAAAUCGAGAUUAUUCGGACAUUAUUUCCAUGGAAAGAACGGAUAAGUGAAUUUUUGGUCGAUUUUUCUGUGCUUUUUACGAAGUAUUCGUCAUGUCUCAGAUGUCUGGAUUUCUCAAGAUAUUGCGGCGUCGUAAAACAGUCACAAACCGAUCGUCAGAUUUCGGAGACAGUGAAGAUAAUGGAUUGAAAAAGACGCUAAAUAUUUACGAUUUGGUUUUUUUGGGUGUUGGCAGCACGUUAGGAGUUGGAAUUUAUAUUUUAUCUGGUGAAGUCUCCAAGGAUAUUACUGGUCCUGGAAUAAUAAUUUCAUUUUUUAUCGCAGCAGUGAUUUCAACAUUGGCAGGAUUAUGUUUCGCCGAAUUUGGGGCCAAUACGCCAACUUCUGGCUCAGUUUAUUCGUAUUGUUAUGUAACCUUGGGAGAAUUCGUUGCUUUUAUGAUGGGGUGGAAUCUCAUCACGCAGUAUAUCAUUGGUACAGCUAGUGUCGUGAAAGCAUUAAGUGUUUACCUCGAUGAUGUAUUUUUCAAUCACACAAUCGCAACAGAAUUAAGAAAAAUUUAUGAAAUCGAUGUACCAUAUCUUUCACAGUAUUUCGACGUAUUCGCUUUUUUAAUUUGCAUGGUUUUUGCUGUUGCACUAAGUUUUGGGCUAAAAGAAUCUAUAAUAUUGAAUAAUAUUUUAACCAGCGUCAACAUUACCUUAGUUUUAUUUUUUGUAAUCAUCGGAUUAACUAAAGUGAAUUUCGAUUUUUGGAGUAUACCAAAAGCAUCAGUUCCUAUACAUUUUGGAAGCGGAGGGUUUUUACCGUAUGGUUUCUCGGGAAUUAUUAAAGGAGCCGGCUCUUGUUUCUAUGGCUUUAUUGGUUUUGAAUGCAUUGCAACUACAGGAGGUGAAGUUGUGAAUCCAGAGAAAGCCCUUCCAUAUGCUUUGAUUAUUUCGCUAUUCAUUAUAUUCAUAGCCUAUUUCAGUAUUGCUACCGUAUUGACGUUAUUAGUUCCAUAUUUUCAGCAGAAUACUGCUGCACCAUUGGCAUAUGCAUUUAGUUUUAUCGGUUAUGAAUGGGCAACUUGGAUAAUCAACGUUGGAUCCCUUUUUGGACUGAUUGCGGCAUUGUUUGGUGCAUUUUUUCCAAUAUCGAGAAUCAUUUACUCAAUGGCCGACGACGGAUUAUUAUUUAAAAUUUUUAACAAAAUCAGCAAAAGAUUUGGCACACCCGUGGCUGGAACGAUGUGUACUGGUGUUCUGACUGGUUUGACUGCGGCGUUACUAGAUGUCGAACAUUUAAUAAAUUUGAAUGCAAUUGGAAUUCUAUUGGCUUAUACUUUUGUUUCUGCCUGUGUAAUAAUUUUACGUUAUUCGAUGGAUAUUUCUCAAACUGAUGAAGAAAGACAGCCUUUGACGAAGCUAUCUAAUGGAGAACUAGGCAUUCAUCGAAACAAUAAAUCAUAUGUUUCAGAAAAAUUAAUUUAUAAAUAUACGAAUAAUUUGGUGACGCUAUGUAUUCUUGCAUUUUGUAUUUUAUCAGUAUUAUUUAGUUGGGCCAUUACAAAUUUUUAUGAUAACAUUAUUUCGGUUAUAAUUCUAUUCGUUUUAAUGACCUUAUGUAUUGUGGUGAUUCAACUGCAAAAGACACAUAACCCCAAGAAAUUAACUUUCAAAAUGCCGUUGGUUCCUUUUAUUCCUGCUUUAAGUGUAUUUUUAAAUAUUUUUUUAAUGGUUCAAUUUGAUUUCUACACGUGGAUGAGAUUGCUGUUUUGGUUGAUCAUAGGUGUUGUAAUAUACUUUUCUUAUGGAAUUUUCAAUAGUAAUGAAAGAAUACAUCAACGAACUAAUUCAGUUUUGAGAUCCUGAUUUCUGAACCUGUAGAUGUCAAUGGAGAAUAAAUAAGACGAUUCUUUAGAAUAUUAUGCCCAACGGCAUUUUUAAAUUUUAAUGCAUGAUGAUUUUUUUAGUAUUUAUAAACCUGCCUUGCGUUACAUUUUCUACUUGAAAUAAAAUUGUACCUAAAUUAA